UGGUUCCCCGCUGUUGUAGGCCUGGGGGUGAGGGUCCGCGGAAGGUAGAGCCGGCUGCGGCCCCGCCCGCUCCCGCGGCACCGGCCCUGCAGGUGGGCGGGCCGCCGGGCGGGCAGCUGCCGUACGGCUGCCCUUGCUUCUGACUGACAAGCACCGUUCCUACCGCCCACGCUGCCCGCCACGUCCCAGAUCUCGGCCGGCGGCACAGCGUGGCGGGUGACUUUCCCGAGCCCAGCGCGAUGACGGCCCCCUGCUCCCGGCCGGCCCCGCUUCCUAGGAGCCGCCAGCUUCGGCUCGUGUUGUCCCCGCAGCCGCCGACGCCGCUGUGGCUACUGCUCCUGCUGGCGGCCGCGGGGCAGGCUCGCGGCUGGGAGAGCGGAGACCUGGAGUUGUUUGACUUGGUGGAGGACGUGCAGCUCAACUUCUACCAAUUUCUCGGGGUGCAGCAGGAUGCUUCAUCUGCAGACAUUAGAAAAGCAUAUCGUAAGCUUUCACUAACUUUGCAUCCAGACAAGAAUAAAGAUGAAAAUGCAGAAACUCAGUUUAGACAAUUGGUGGCCAUUUAUGAAGUUUUAAAGGAUGAGGAGCGAAGGCAGAGGUAUGAUGAUAUUCUGAUCAAUGGACUUCCAGACUGGCGACAGCCUGUAUUCUACUACAGGCGGGUGAGAAAAAUGAGCAAUGCUGAGCUGGCAUUACUUUUGUUCAUUAUUCUCACAGUGGGUCACUAUGCUGUGGUUUGGUCAAUCUACCUGGAAAAACAACUGGAUGAACUACUUAGUAGGAAAAAAAGGGAAAAGAAAAAAAAGACAAGUGGCAGGUCUGUGGAUGUAUCAAAACUUGGUGCUUCAGAAAAAAAUGAAAGAUUACUGGUGAAACCACAAUGGCAUGAUUUGCUUCCAUGCAAGCUGGGAAUUUGGUUUUGCCUCACACUAAAAGCAUUGCCUCAUCUAAUCCAGGAUGCCGGGCAGUUUUAUGCUAAAUAUAAAGAAACAAGAUUGAAGGAAAAAGAAGAUGCAUUGACUAGAGCUGAACUUGAAACACUUCAAAAACAGAAGAAAGUUAAAGUAAAAAAAACUAAACCUGAAUUUCCUGCAUAUAUACCUUUUGAAAGUACAUAUACUCAAUCUUAUGAUCAUGGAACUUCUAUAGAAGAAAUUGAGGAACAAAUGGAUGAUUGGCUGGAAAACAGAAACAGAACACAGAAAAAACAAUCACCUGAAUGGACAGAAGAGGACCUCAGCCAGCUGACAAGAAGUAUGGUUAAGUUCCCAGGAGGGACCCCAGGUCGAUGGGAAAAGAUUGCCCAUGAAUUGGGUCGAUCGGUGACAGAUGUGACAAGCAAAGCCAAGCAGCUGAAGGAUUCAGUGACCUGCCCCCCAGGUUUGGUGAGACUCUCCGAGCUCAAGUCCACGGCCUGGAAUUCCAGGACCAGCGCGGCCUUGCCAGAUAGCUUCCUCACCCAGCGGGAGGCCGCGGAGCAGGCGGAGGACGUGCAGGACGCAGGGCACCCGCAGGCGGAGGACGCGGACGUGGAGGGUGCCGUGGUCUCGGAGGGCCGGCUGCGCAGGCGGAGCGCCAGGCUGCCCGAGGCAGCGCCCCCGCUGCAGCCACAGGAGAGGGUCAGAGGAAGGAGGCAGAGGGACUUUGAUAUGGUGGAACAAAAUGAAUCCAGCGGUGAGGAGAGCCAGAGAAAGGAGGGAACUCGUGCUGCCGAGGAGCCGUGGACUCAGAAUCAGCAGAAACUUCUAGAGCUAGCAUUACAGCAAUACCCACGGGGAUCCCCUGACCGCUGGGACAAGAUCGCCAGAUGCGUCCCUUCCAGGAGUAAGGAAGACUGUAUCGCUAGAUACAAGUUGCUGGUUGAACUGGUCCAAAAGAAAAAACAAGCUAAAACCUGAAUAUUCUGGAAGAUGAUGUUCACCUUCGUUUUCCAAAAUAGUUAUUUUAAAAAUCUUAUGCAGAGAUUUGAAUUUUGUACUUCAGUAUUUCUAUAUGUCAUGUGCCUUAGUAAAAAAAUAAUAAUAAAGUAAAAAUAAAUGUUG